CCCCUUUGCUUCUUCCUCCUCUCCGGUCGCCCGCCGGCAGGAACUAGCCCAGCGCGCCGUCGGCAGCCACCGUACAGCCCAGCGCGCUGCCGCCCACCUCCGUCGCCGUUGCACCGCCGCCCACCUGCGCUGCCGCUGCCAAUCUGUGGCGCCCCUGCCCACCUACGCCGCCCACACAGAGGCGAGCUGGGCUGCCACCCGCACGGAGGCGACUGCUCCUCCGCGGCGACCAACUGGACGCGCGCCUCCUCCACGGCUGACGGCACUUCCCUCGUCACCCUGCUCGCGUCCCCAGCCGGUGCGGCCCGCGCCCUCACCCUCUGCUCGCUUCCUCGCGCCCGUGGCCGCCGGUGCGGGAUUUGGGCAAGUCCCCGACCGUCGCUUCCUUCUGCGCCGCCGCCAUCCCCUCCAGCCUCUGAUGCUGCUGCUGCUGGACGACGCCGACGCCCCCCUGAUCAAGUUCUCGACGUCUGAUGCUGUUGCUCCUCCUCGUCGUCUGAGUCCUCUGCCCCGCCUCUGCUGUUGAAAAGACAGGAGCACACAACUAUGGAUUUGAACUUGAUCCCGGAAGAGGAGGACGAAGCUCAACAAGAAGAACAAGCUCAUCAAGGUGACGCUAUUGAUUUGAACUUGAUCCCGGAAGAGGAGGAUGAAGCUCAACAAGAAGAACAAGCUCAUCAAGGUGAUGCUAUUGAUUUGAACUUGAUCCCGGAAGAGGAGGAUGAAGACAUUGAAUUGAAUUGGUUUCCUGAAGAGGAAGAAGCUCAAGAUGCACAAGAAGAUGCAGAAGUGCAAGAAGCUCAAGAGGCACAAGAAGAUGCAGAGGUGCAAGAAGCUCAAGAAGCUGAUGGACAUGGCAAUCCAAGAGGGAAGGACAUGACAGACAAGGAGAGACAUGGUGUUUACUUUUCUCUUCGAGUAAUCGAGCUUAGAGAUGGACAGGUUCACGUGUAUGACAAGGUGCGCAUUGCGACUAUGCUGAAUGUUAACCUGCGAACAGUUACAAGAAUAUGGAAUCUAGCCAAACGACAACUUGCAACAGGCCAAGAAGUUGAUGUUUCAAGCAAGAAGAACAAAAGUGGUAGGAAGAGAAAAGGACUAGAUCUGUCGAGAAUAGCCACAAUCCCUUUGAACAACAGAAGCAGAAUCCGUUCUCUAGCCAGGUGUUUAGGUGUGCCCCGAUCAACCCUACAUGACAGAUUUCAACUGCAAGAGCUGAAACGCAUCACAAGCACCAUCAAACCCACCCUCAAGCCACAAAACAAGAUAGCGAGACUAAAGUUCUGCCUAUCCAUGAUGGAUGAAAGAUGGAUAUCAAGUCCUUGGCCCAGGUUCAAGCCAAUGACAAAUAUGGUCCACAUCGAUGAGAAAUGGUAUGAUAUGACCCGAGUGAAGAGUAGCUACUACGUACUGCCUGGAGAAGAAGAACCAAAUCGAACUAUGCACAAUACUCAUAGCAUUGGGAAGGUAAUGUUUCUAACAGCUGUGGCCAAACCUCGCUACAAUGAAGAUGGGGAGAUGACAUUUGAUGGAAAACUUGGCAUUUGGCCAUUCGUGGUACAGACCGAGGCACAACGAACAAGCCAGAACAGAGAUAGGGGGACAAUAGAGUUGAAGCCGGUCAAAGUUACUAGACCUAUGUGCAGAGAUUACCUGAUCAAUAAAGUAAUCCCUACCAUUCAAGAAAAAUGGCCUGACGGUAACGAGGACACAACGAUCUUCAUUCAACAAGAUAAUGCAACACCGCAUGUCCUCCCUAAUGAUGCUGGUUUUCUAGAAGCCGUGGCACAGACAGAUCUGGAUAUUCGAUUAUUGCAACAACCACCAAACAGCCCCGAGCUCAGUGUUCUAGAUCUUUGUUUCCACUGCUCCCUCCAAUCCCUAACCGACUGCAGAGCGCCUAUGAAUAUACAGGAACUGGUACAUGGUGUAGAGGAGGAGUUUGAGAACUACAAUGCCCAUAAGUUGUUCAAAAGCUUUAUGACAUUGCAAGCAGUCAUGGUUGAAGUGAUGAAAGAUCAAGGAGGAAACAACUACAAGAUGCCGCAUCUGCAUAAGGAAUGUCUACAGAAUGCUGGAGAGGAAAUAAUCGGUGUAUACUGCAGUCCUGAGCUAAUUACUGACACCAAGGCCAUUAUAGAACAAGGAAAUGAUUAGAUAGAGAAAGGAAAAAGGAAAGGGAAAGGGAAAAGGAAAAGAAAGGAUAAGAAUAUGUGAUGUGUCAUGUGUAUGUAUUGUGUCAUGUGUAUGGCUUGUGUCGUAUGUAUGUAUUGUGUCAUGGGUUCAAUGAGAAAUGGUAGGAAAAGAAAGGAUCGAAGUAUUUGGAUUUA